UCCCCAUAUGGACGUUGCGAACUGUCAACACAGACUUGCCGACAUCUCUGAGAGGAGGAGAAGCCCACCUUAUCUUUUAAACCCUCGCCAUCUGUGGAAGCUACAGACAAGAUGAAGGUUGUCGGAUCUACCUGCGCCCUGAAGAGCAAGGUCGGUGGAGAGAUUGGCCUGUCCGAGCAGAGCCUGGCCAUCUCCAAAUGCAAGAUCCCGCUGUUGGACGAGCAGAUGAGCGUCUUCCUGCAGGACAUGAACAGCUGCUACAGCAAGCUGAAGGAGCUGGUGCCCACCCUGCCCACCAACAAAAAGGCGAGCAAGGUGGAGAUCCUGCAGCACGUCAUCGACUACAUCUGGGACCUGCAGGUCGAGCUGGACGAGCCGGAGAAGAAUCGCCAGCAGCACUCGGUCCCUCGCACGCCGCUGACCACGCUGAACGCAGAGCUCGCCAGCAUCUCAGUGGAGAAUGGCUGCUCAGAAGAGAGGAUAAUGUGCCGCUAAGAGCUGAUGGAGCAUCUUCCACAUCAUCCCAAAAGCGUGCGCCCGCGCAGGAGCAACAAGGCGAACCUGGUGUGGCUUCUGGACCACAUCGAAAUCUAGCGCCUUGAACUGUGUAGGGAUGUUUAAAACUCCCAAAAUCAAAUGCUAGAAAAUCAGACUGGACAUCCUCCGGCCGCGGUGGACUCUGUCACUCACAGCUCUCGAUUCAUCCGAGGGCUCUGAGAGCGGUGCAUGGUGUCCAGAUCUAGAGACUGGGUUAGUCUGGGGGACCAAGACAAAGUUCAGAGCAACCAGCUUUAGUCUGUUGCUUGUAGAGUUUCUAAAGCUUGUGUUUCUGUCAUGCUCUUUUGUAUUUUGUGUAAAUCAGAUAAAGAAUUCAAACAUUUUGUAAAAGAAGAAAAAUAAUUUCUCAGAUUCCUGAGUGACAAACUGUAUUGUAUAUUACAAUGCCACAUUAUGUGAAGAUAUUGUUUUCUUACAAUGUACAUUAUUUGCGUUUUUAUUAAAACAAGAACACUAUUUUUUGAACAAGAA